UAUUGUUACCUUAAUAGUCAGUAGUUAUUAGAACGUUGGUUACUGAAAUGUAUCAAAAAAACUAUUUAUUUAUUUUAAUUUUACUAAUUUUGGCGAAACGUGCAUAUUUUAUAGACGAAACGUUAAAAUACACAAGUGCCUUCGACCAAGAUCUCUACGAACGUGUUUUAAAUCCAAUGAAAUGUGAAGAACAAUUAGAUUAUUUGGCAAAUAACAUAUCUGUUGCAAUGCAAUUUAUAGAUGCGAGUGGAAAAAUUCCAAAUGGAAUUCUUAUGGGCAACUUGGCUGAUCUUGGAAGUUAUGAUCAAUGUUUAAGUAUUCAGUAUUUGGAAGGUGAUUUAGAUAUCGAAGGGAAAUAUUGCUUGAUCCAUGUACCUCUAAAGCAAAACAUAAAUAUUGAAAACACACAAGCACGAGACUUUUCGGAUGUAAACAAAAUAUGGCCAAGAUUACAAAACUCUACCAUUGGAAAUGUUAAAAAAAGUUUUAUUCUAAAAAAAAUAGCUCCCUUCAUAUCAACGUCAAAAAACUCAAUGAUUUCUAGAGCAGUUGUACCUAGCUUCGGAUCUGAUAUGACAAUCACAUUGGCUGUUUGCGUUCCUAAAGUAUGUCGACCAAAACAAGUAAUUAAUUUCAUUGGUUCAUUAAAUAACAUAAAUUUAACUUUCAACGAAUAUUUUUGUCGAUUACCCAAUGAUAAGCCUGUUAGCAUUGCAGAUUAUAUAAGCAUUUCACUCUUCUCAUUUAUAUUAAUUGUAACAAUAAUAAGCACUUCAUACGAUCUGUAUCAAACAUAUUUAUUAAAAAAAGAUAAUACCCAAAUCGAUAGAGUUUAUCGAUGCUUUUCAAUCCAUACUAACGCUAAGAGGUUGCUGUCUUUCAACAAUGGUCCUGGUGCUCUGGAAUGCGUCGACGGCAUCCGAGCCAUUUCGAUGCUGUGGGUCAUAUUCGGUCACACGUACUGCUUGACCGCUAUGACUUUCAUUUCAAAUGCUACGCAAAUUUUGAACUGGUUAACAUCAUUUAGAAGUAUUUGGGUGAAUUCCGCGCCGAUCUCAGUUGAUACAUUUUUUGUGCUCAGUGGUAUUCUCUGUGUUUAUACUGUCAUCGGAAAGAUAAACAGAUGCAAAUUCAUCAGAUCUCUUUAUCUGUUUUACUUAUACCGUCUUCUCCGAAUAUUUCCACUGUUGGCUGCUGUGAUUCUGCUCCAAGCUUCUUUAUUUCAUCGAGUGUCUGAUGGGCCGAUGUGGAUAAACGUGGGAUAUUCAGCAGAAUCAUGCAGAAGGCGAUGGUGGUCAGCGUUGUUGCAUGUGCAGAAUUACGUGAAACCUAUUAAUGUAUGCUUACAACAUACUUGGUACUUAUCUGUGGAUGUUCAGCUCUAUAUUAUCAGCCCUGUAGUUCUGGUUUGGUUGUUUGGAAGUGCUUUGGUCGCUUGGUGUUCGCUUGCGACCAGCGUUAUUGUAUCCUUAGCUAUAUCUAGUGUGUAUAGUUUCAUGUAUAAUUAUUCCGCUGCUAUUGCUAAUCCAAGACGUGCAGAUCAACUGAGUGAUUAUUUUAUGAACUAUUACAUGAACACAUUGACUAGGGCGUCGCCUUUUUUCAUCGGAAUGAUGUAUGGAUACUUGUUGCAUAAAUUUAAAGGAAAAACACUUCGUAUGCAAAAGAGUCUUGUAGCAAUAUUAUGGAUAUUAUCAUUCUCUCUGAUGGCUUUCUGUAUAUUCAGUAUAUACCCUAUCAUGCAAGCGGACUACGAUGAACAAAUGUUUGACAAUUUCCUCAACGCUUUCAUGAGAGGUAUCUGGGCAAUGACCUUGGGUUGGCUGAUCUUUGCUUGCGUUCACGGUUAUGGAGGACCGAUUAAUUGGUUUCUCUCUCUGCAAAUAUGGAAGCUCCCAGCUCGUCUCUCGUAUGCCAUGUAUCUUAUACACUAUCCUCUGAUCCUGAUUGCAAAUGGUAGCAUGACCAGUACAUACCACUUCAGCGAUUCAAACACUAUGUAUCGUGGUAUGAGUAACCUAGCAUUCACAGUCGUUGCUGCCUUUGUCCUCUGUCUCAUCAUUGAUGCUCCAUUUUCCAUAAUUCAGAAGUUACUUCUAGAGAGAGUCAGGAGUAAGCGUGAAGAAAAAAUUAAAACCGAAUCUUAAACCACUGUCGUGAAUAACAACGAAAAUGAAAAAUAGGUGUCUGAUAGUCUUCAUUCAAAAUUUAUACAGGUUUUUUUUGUUUUUAAUUCGUAAACCAAAAUUAAAAUAUAGUAUUUUAU